AUGGAAGCUAACAAGUUCAGUUUGCUCUUUUUUUAUAUAUUUUAUUUUGCCAUAUUCCCUACCCUUAAGGCCAACAUAGGCCACUUCGACAAAGUGUGGUAUAAGCGAUCUCAGGAAGCGAAGAAGACCGCUCAACAUGCUUUCAAGUCUAACCCUGAGAAAGUUACGGUUGAUUUUAAUAUGCACGUCAGCAAUGCUCUGAAAGGCACCAACAACACAAGAAGGGGCUUAGCGAAAUACAAUGGUCCAUGCAAGGUCACAAACCCCAUUGACGGAUGCUGGAGAUGCGAUCCAAAUUGGGCAAACAAUCGCAAGAAGCUAGCAAGUUGCGCCAUUGGGUUUGGCCACGGCACAACCGGAGGCAAAGAUGGCAAAUUCUAUGUGGUUACGGACCCAUCUGACAAUGACCUCGUGAACCCAAAACGUGGGACCUUAAGACAUGCUGCGAUUCAAGAAGAGCCAUUGUGGAUCAUUUUUGCACGAAGCAUGAACAUUAAACUCAACGGGGAACUUCUAUUGACGGAUAACAAGACCAUAGAUGCACGUGGUGCCAAUGUUCACAUUAGCAAUGGUGCCCAAAUCACAUUGCAAUUUGUGAAAAAUAUUAUAAUUCAUGGGUUACACAUCCAUGACAUUAAGAAAGGUGGUGGUGGCCUCAUUAGAGACUCCGUGAAACACUUUGGAUUACGCACCGUGAGUGACGGUGAUGGGAUUUCCUUGUUUGGAGCCACACAUGUUUGGUUAGAUCAUCUUUCUAUGACGCAUUGUGAUGAUGGCCUAAUUGACGUCAUCAUGGGAUCAACAGCUAUUACCAUCUCCAAUAGCCAUUUUACCAAUCACAACGAUGUAAUCGUUUCUACUUUCUACUUCGUUAUGUUAUUUGGUGCCAAUGAUGGCUUCUCGGGUGAUAAAGUUAUGCAAGUGACUCUAGCUUUCAACCAUUUUGGGAAAGGGUUGGUUCAGAGGAUGCCAAGGUGCAGAUGGGGCUUCUUUCAUAUUGUUAAUAAUGACUACACUCAUUGGCUCAUGUAUGCCAUUGGUGGUAGCCAACAACCCACUAUCAUAAGCCAGGGAAACCGAUUUGUUGCACCUCAAAACCCAGCAGCAAAAGAAGUGACAAAAAGGGACCGUGCACCUGAAAGUGUGUGGAAGACAUGGAAUUGGAGAUCAGAGGGUGAUUUAAUGAUGAAUGGAGCCUUCUUUAUUCAGUCUGGGAAAAAGGUUGCAAACCUUCCCAAGAUAGGCAUCCAAGCAAAGCCUGCUAAAUUUGUAUCCAGUCUCACUCGCUUUGCAGGUUCUCUAAAAUGUGAAGUAAAGAAGCCAUGUUAA